GACAAAGAGAGCCAUCCCCUCCCCUCCCUCACUCAUUGGCUCGACCAAGCAACCAAGAAUAGCAAGGGGGAGCUCUACAAUUCACCAUUUUCACACCCAAAUUCGAGCUCAAGGAAGAAGGUCCAAAGAGGAGUGUUUGGAGAAGGAAAAAGGUUGGGAAAGGUGUGAACAAUUAAGGCACUUGUAAAGGGUAUUUCAAGUGAUUUCACAAAGUUGGAAAAGUCGCCGGAAUUGUCGCCGGAGUUGACCAAAAGUCGCCGGAGUUUCACCGGAGUUCAACCAAGAAGGGUAGAACUUCUUAACGCUAGUUCAAGGUUGAGGCUAGGGCUUGCUACCUGCACCUUUCUACGGGUGACAUCAAAUCAAGGAAGACGUGAAAUGGAGGGCAGGCGAAUGAGGACCAGGAACAAUCCGAGGGGGCAGACGCCGGUAGCAUCCCAAAGGGGAAGCCGGGCUGCAUCUCGGGGUUCAAGAGGAGGCCGUGGAGGCCGUGGAGGUCAUCAAGCUCAAACCGUGAGUGAUGGCCAUGUAAGCUCGGUGUAUGAAACCAACACCGAGGACUACGACUCAACCUACGUCCCGGAGACGGAGCAUGAGGAGACCCCGUAUGAUGGGGGUGACACUUACACCGAUGAUGAUGAUGAUGAAGAGAGUGAUGCCCGCUUCGCCCAAAUGGGCGAAUUACUAGAGUGGUAUCAAAAGGAGAAACUGAGGAGAGACCUUAGGCGCCAAGCGAGGCGUGGCUCUCGUGGUGGUUCGGGUCAAGGAAGCCGGGGAGCUUCCGUGGCCACCCCAGCGGCGUCACAAGGCGGGCGUGAAGGAGGUUUUGUUGUGAGGAUCUCCAAGUACCUCAAGGAGGCUAGGGCCUUGGGGUGUAGGUCCUUUGACGGCACCGGUGACAUUACCGUUGCCGCCGAUUGGAUUAGGAAGGUGAAGGAUGCAUCAAGAGACAUGCAAAUCACACCGGACGUGAAGUUGACUGUCGCUUCACGGCUACUUGAGGGGAUAGCUUCUACGUGGUGGGAGAGCGUGGAAGGGAAGUACCAUGGGAAAAUAACAUGGGCGGAUUUUGAGCUAGAAUUCUAUGCUCAAUACUACUCCGAGUACGAGGUGAAUGUGAAACGGAGAGAGUACACUAACCUCAAACAAAAAGAUGGCGGCACAGUUAAGCAGCUGGAACAAGAGUUUAGAACCUUGGCUAGGUUCUUGCCAGAGUACGCGGUUGAUGAGAACCGUAUGACGGAGCACUUUUGGGACGCCCUACUCUUGGACAUCCGUGAUCGGGCUACGUACUCGCGCCACAUGACCUUUAGCGAGGUGGUGGAGCAGGGCCUUCUUGGGGAGGCCCAAUGGAACGAGAGGAAAGCAAGGGACGCCGAAGAGGCGAAGAAGAGGAAGUGGAAUAAUUCGGGGCCACCCGAUCAUUCUCGAAGGAACAACCACG